GCUGGACGGCUCUGGCUCCACCACUGAGGACUUCAGCUUCUUCUGCACAAUUUUAGUGUAUUUGGCAAAAUACAGAGCUGGUGAGAAGAGUGCAGCUGGAGGCGAGACCGGCUUUAGAAACCGUCGACAGUGCAAAACAAACAUGCUCGUGUUGUGGUAGCUGUGAGCACCACUUUUAACAACAAUCAAGAGCACAGCGGUGCUUGUGAACGCAGCCUGGGCUACACUGAACGCGUCGCGGGAAACUGCAAUCACUCUGUGCAUGAAAUACUACUACACAUACACUUCCCUUUCCCUGUCUCCAGCGUUCCCCAAACCGCGGAAGAGAGUUUCUCCAAAGCAGCUCUCUUAUUACGGGCGAUCCUGUCAAGCUGAUCCGGGAACAGGGGGUCAGGAAGCUGGCUGGACGGCUCUAGCUCCACCGCUGAGGACUCCAGGCCUUUAAACAAUCCAACAAUUUGGUGUCUUGUUCAGACAACACUGCAAUGGAAAGGUUUGUGAAUAAACGCUGCAUUAAAGAUGCCAGAAGCCCACGAAAGAAGAUCAAACUGGAAGGUGAGGAGAGGAGGAAGGAGGAGGAGGAGGAAGACAACGAGUUCUCUCAUCCUGUUCCCUGGCAGAAAAUAGAAGCGGAGGGACUAGACUGUGAUUAUGCUCUGCUGUUCUCCAAAGAAGAAGCAGAUCAUCUUUUUAGACAGCUGGAGGAGGAAGUGGUGUACUCAACAGGAGAAGAAGCUAAAGUGCAGGUGUUUGGAAAGGUGCACAAUAUACCGAGAAAGCUGGCGACAUAUGGAGAUACAGGUCUCACCUACAGUUAUUCUGGGGUGACACGUUCGGCCUGUCCCUGGACUGCAACCUUGGAAUAUAUUCGGGAUGCUGUCACGAAAACAACCGGACAAAUAUUUAACUUUGUUCUGGUCAACAGGUACAAAGAUGGGCAGGAUCAUAUGGGUGAGCAUCGUGAUGAUGAGAAGGAGCUGGACCCCCUCUGUCCCAUUGCCUCCGUCUCUCUGGGAGCAACACGAGACUUCAUCUUCCGGCACAGGGAUGCUCGGGGAAAACAGAGCCGCAGACAGAUCAAACCUGUGAAGCUGGAUCUUGUUCAUGGAAGCCUGCUCCUCAUGAACUCACCAACCAACACCUUCUGGUACCACAGCCUCCCUGUUCGCAAGAAGGUUUUUCAGCCUCGUAUCAACCUCACUUUCAGACGCAUUCUACUGGACAGAAAGAAAUGACCAAGGGCGGAUUAGCACUCUUGCUAAUGGGGCCAGUGUGCAAGAAUCUCUGACUAAAGGCCACAAUUUAGACUAAAUGGAGGAUGAAUCACCUGCUGUCCUUGGACAAAUGGACAUGUAUAAUAAAUCUAAAAAAAGGUCCCAACAAUGAGUCGGCUUUGAUGUUGAGAGCUUCCCGUUACUCCUCAUAGCUGCUCCAGUGACCCAAAU